GGACGCCACAUCCUCGGCCGAGGCUGGUCAGCCAAGAUGGCGGCCGCCGGGCGAAGGAGGCGGAGGCGCAGGAGGCGAGGAGAAGGAGAAGGGGAAGGAGGCGCCGGGCCGGCCAUGCCGCUCUCGGGAAGGGCCGCUCUCCUCCUCCUGGCGCUGCUGCUGGUGCUGGACGGGGCCCUGGCGGUGGCGGGCCAGAGCGAGAACGGCACUACAACCGAGGCAGAGCUUUCUGAGAGUGUAAAUGUCUCGACAUCCAGUUCCACGACUCACAACUUAACGCCUGUUUCAAAAGCCAGUGAGGACAGAACAAGGACGACAACAAAUGAAGGCAUGCCACCAACAUCUCCGAAGAGCGGGGCUUCUGUGUCGCCUGGGCCAACUGCUACAGAAGGGAAGCAGGCAACCUCUGCGGCGCCGGCUUCUGCGACUCCUACUUUGCAAACAGAUGCUGAUACUUCGGAAGAUACCAAUAUUAACGAAGAUGACACGGUGGACGACGCGGUGGACAAAGAGCACGUGGCCAGCUUCCUCCCAACGGCCAAAGGAACCGCAGACCCUGCAGACUAUUACGGCCCCUACGGGAUGCCGUCUGACGAUCAAGACGACCAAGGCAUCUCGGAGUUUACGGAAGAGUUGGCCAGCAUGCACAGCUAUGAAAACAAGAAAUUGCUUCCUGAUGAGAUGAAGGACACCUCUUCCUCGGAACUGGAAGAGGAUAGCCAUUUCUUUUUCCAUCUGGUUAUCGUGGCCUUUUUGGUAGCUGUUGUUUACAUCACGUAUCACAAUAAAAGAAAGAUUAUCCUCUUGGUCCAGAGCAGAAGAUGGCGAGAUGGGCUUUGCUCCAGGACUGUCGGAUACCAUCGUUUGGAUCAAAAUGUCAACGAAGCUAUGCCUUCAUUAAAAAUCACCAAUGAUUACAUUUUUUAAACGCGGCGUGAUCUGAGUUGACUGAACCAGUGAUUUCCUUUGCCUGAGGUGCAGGUGUUUGCCAUAAGCAACGAGUGCGCUGACACUCUCCCUUGCCUUUCAAGUUCUUAGCCUUAUACGAGGGCAUGGGAGGUUAGCAUUUCCUUCAGGUGGCAGCCAAACUUCAAAAUCAGUGUACGUAAUGCCGUUGUUAAUCACCUUUAUUUAUCUUCCAGUGUAUUCCCUUCUGCCUGGAGCAGCCCUAGAUUAGAACAUCGCCAAGUAAUCCUCAAUAUUCAAUGUAUGGCUAAAUCUGGCAACAGUGAACCACACAGAAAGGAACUCUGGCGAUUCCCUUUUUGCAUCAUGCGUUCUCUUCUCUCCCUCAGUACAGAUUGGGGGGAAAACUUAAUGCAACGAAGUGUCUGGCUCCUUACUUUAAACCACAUCACUUGGGUGAAGAUCCAGCUGGUAUUUGUUCGCUAUAGCCUUUAAGUAGACAUACAUUUUAAGAGAACAACCUUUGACAUGUUACCAAUCAGCCUGUCUCCUUGCACAGCUUACAGAUACCCAUUUUAAAUACCAGUGGUGAUUAAGAGCACAUUUAUUAUUUUCUUUCUUUCUCUCUCCGCCAUUUUCUCUGCAAAAGAAAAUGCCUUUAGAACCCCAAAAGUUGAGAGAAAACCUCUCUAGGCUUGAAGCUGAGAUACAUGAAAGAUCAGCAGAACAUUUUAAUGGUUGCCAAGACACAACUUGUGCUUUUAUUCCAUUGCAACCAAGGAAGGGGAGAGAUUUAUUAUUUCUUGUUCUAAUCAAGGCGUAGUAUUGUCAGGAAUUCGAAGUUUCCCAGCUUCGGCGAACACUGCGUUAUUUUAAUUUCGGGAAAGACAAAAAUCUCUUGCAUAUAGCUUGUACAGAAAGUUCUUGGGACCUCGGGAUUUAAAAACAAAUAAUAAAUAAAUAAAGUAUGUACUUUUGCUAUUUA